AUGUAUAUAAAGUUAAAAAUAAAAAUAAUAGUAAAUUUUUAAAAAUAAAAUAAAAAAUAAACAAAAAUUAAAUAUAUAUGUAUAGAACAAAUUUAUGCUAUGAAAGUAUAUAAGAAAAAAUUACUAAAAAAAUAAAAUUUAAUAGUAAAAAGCCUAGCUGAAAGAAAUAUUUUGUAAAAAGCAUCUUCUCCAUUUAUUGUAUCCUUAUUUUAUACAUUUUAAACUAAGCAUAAUUUAUAUUUAAUAACAGAAUAUGUUAUAGAAGGGGAUUUAUAUAAGCAUUUGUAAUUGUUUUCUAAAUUUGAUGAAAAUACAGUAGCUUAAGUAGUUUUAGCUUUAGAAUAUCUACAUUAAUAAAAUAUUUUAUAUAAAGAUCUUAAACUAGAGAAUAUAUUACUAGAAUCUAAUAGUUACAUUAAAUUAACAGACUUUAGUUUAUUUAAAGAUAAUAUUAAAGAAUCUGAUUAAACGUAUACUAUAUGUGGAUCACCAGAAUAUAUGUCUCCUGAAUAAAUUUUAUAAAAAGGACAUAAUAAAAUAUGUGAUUUUUGGCAAUUAGUAAUUAAUUUAAUUUUUUUUUUUUAUUUAUUAUAUUCGUAGGGUGUUUUAAUUUAUGAAAUGCUAUGUGGAAAAACCCCCUUUUGGAAUAUUGAAUAAAUAUUUAAUAAAUACUAAAUUUAUAUUGAUAUUCUUAAAGGAAAAUAUAAUUUUCCCAAUUUUUUAUCAAAUAAUGCUAAAAAUUUAAUUUAUUUUUUACUACAAACUGAUGUUAAUAAAAGAUUAGGUUCAAAAGGUUUUGAAGAAAUUAAAAACCAUUCAUUUUUUAAAAAUAUUGAUUGGGAAAAAUUAUUUAAAAAGGAAAUUAAAUCACCAUAUAUACCACCAAAUAAAAAUCCUUUAGAGUUAUAAAAUUUUAAUAUUGUAGUUUUUUUUUUCUUAAUAACAAAAUAUUAAUUUUUUUUGUUAUUAUAAUUAAGAUAUAUAGAAAUAAUUCAGAAUUUCAAAUACAUGAUAUAUCUUGUACAAAUACAGAUGAUGAUGAAUUUUUUAAAGAAUUUUCUUAUCAAAAUAAUAGAAUUAAUAUAAAUAUAUGAAAUAUUAAUUAAAAAAAUACAAAUUUAAUAAAACAUAUAUAAUUAGAAAGUUUAUUUUAUAAUAAAAAUAUUUUUAUAAUUUAUUUAUUUUAUAUAAAUAAUAAUAUAUAAUCAUAUAUUUUUUUAUUUUUUCCUUUAAAGUAAUUCAAUUUCUUGUAACUUUUUUAUAUUUCUUUGCUUUUAUACCUAAAUUUUCACUCAAACAUCUCUAAACCUUUCUUAAAUAAUUCAGUUUAUCAUAAUUUUUAGAAUUUUUUUUUUCAGAACAAUAAUUUAUUUUACUACAUAUAAAAAUGCCAACUGA